ACGCACUACCGGCGCGCAUUGCCAGCGGCACGCGACCCGACGCCACCCGCAAGCACCCAUCUCCGCCGAAGGCGCCCACCCUUUUCACGGCACAACGCGCGCCCGAGGUUGCUCAUGCGUGUGCAACGGCAGCGCCCCAAUAGGAGGAGUUGCGAUGGCCGUGAAGAGGAUACGGAGGAGUCCAUGCCGAGACUUCCUCGGCGUGAAAUGCGCAGUGUCUGCACCGCCCCCCAACCCUUUGUCGCGGCUUGCGCACACAGAGGGCGCCCUUGCCGGCAGAUUCCAAGACAGGGGCGGACCAAAGCACAAAAGCGCGCCGUGGCUUCGCAACGGCCUGUGCGAGGGGACGUCGGGGCACGCCCUCUCCCGCCCGGUCCUUGCGGCCUGA